UAAAACGUUCGUGUUCAAUGGAGUACGGUGGUCCGACCGAUUGUUAGAAGCGUCAUUGGAAACGUUGUUUCGAUUGAAAUACUAUAUUUAUGUGUCAAUAAAAUUCACGAAACGCGCAACGUACCUGAAACAUUUCUAGCUAACGGAACAAGCACGUUCAAUAAAAAUGAGAAGAAAAAGUGAACGAAAUAAAGCAAAAGGGACUCCAGAGAAGGAAAUUGAAAAGCCAACUAGAAAAUCAGCACGCAGACGUGUGAAGAGAACACAUUCUGUGUCACCAGAGCCAGAAAACUUAGAGGAAACAGGAAAAGCUGUCAGCAGCAAAGAAACAGAGAAGUCAACUGCAAUAAUUAACCAAAGAAAAGAAUUGGAAGAUACAACAGAAGAAUGCAACGAAACAGUUUCAUCCACAGAAACAGAUAUCAAGAUAAAGCCUCAAGAAAAUGAGGAUGACAAUACUGGAUCAGUUUGGAAAGUGGCAAGAGCAGAUGCAUCACCUGGCGAGAUACAGAAGCUGAAGUUAUGUAGACAACCUAACGCAGCAGAAGCAUCAUCUGACAUUUCUUUGACUAGGAAAAAAUCGAACAAGUGGCAGGAAAGUGGUGAGGGAGUUGCAGAGGAGGCUGACUCGGCAGAAGAGCAACUGGUUUCUUGUACAAGAAUGCUCAGUAGCACUGAACAGCCGAACGAUCCCUCCUCUUCAUACCCAGGUCAGGACUCCAACGAAGAGGUAAGUGAUAGCAAGGAGAUCCUGCCCGAAACCACUUCAGCCAACUUGUCUGACGAUAAACCAAACAUAGAUCAGCAAGGUGAAUCAAAAGAGGCAAAUAUCCCGAACGAAAACGCUGAUAACGAACCCAUUAAGUCGAGUAGCCCGACUGUAUCGGCUCCUAGAUCAAACGGCGAUCGCUCAUCCGAGGAGACAAACGUUAUACCAAAGGAAGAAAUAUCCGUGGAAGAUACCAGCGGAAAGCCAGCAGAAGAGUUUCGCAAAGAAGCUAGCAUUGAAAAUGUUCAAAAAGAGACGACUAGUAGCGACGAAGACGAGGACGAGAAAGAGAAAGUGAAAGUUCACGAAGUAAAUUCGUCCUCCGAGUCGAACGAUGAUGUUCAAAGCACGAAAAGUAGCAGAACCGGUGGCAGAAUAUCGUGUACCAGUCGUAGAAAGCAUCGGACUAAGUAUCGAGAUUCGUCCAAUUCCGAUACGCAAGAUUCAGAGGAUGAACCUACCAUCAAAAGGGACAUUGAGAUAGACUCUUACACGCAAGAAGAGAAAAUUCCUAUAGAAGAUUCGAAUGAACCGAAAGAUUGUUCCGAGUCACCGAAACAAAGGAAUAAUUCUUUGCUAAAUAGCAUAGAAACAGAGGUGGAGCAUAACGAAGAGAACAACCAGAAAUUGGACAGUCUAAACGAAAAAUCCGAAUAUUCUGCGACGAUGCCGACUCAGUUGGUGGCCCACAAGCCGGUUAAAGUAAACUUGAAAAGAUCUUUUUCCGUAAGAAUGAUAACGGAGAAGAACGAUAUGAAAAAUGAAGAUACCGAUGCGAAUGCAAAUAACGAGGCAGUUGUUUUAAACAAGGAAAAUCAUGACAAUGCUGAUCAAGAAUCAAAAUGUGUUCCACGAAAACGUCGAUGGGGCACUGCAUUGUCUACCGAUAGCGCGCCUUCCUUUUCAGUAUCGACGGAUUCGCUUAAAGCAUUGGUACCAGGAGCGAGGCCACUGUCGAUAAACGAGGUCCGUUUGUCAAAGGACGACGACGAGGAGAGAGAUCGUUACCGGGCUAACGAAAAAUGGUACAACUCUAACGAGGGACCGAACGAUAACAAAUCCGACGAUGAAAGUGUCGCGCAAAAGAAUGGUACCUUGAAAAAAGGGGACGGGAAAAUCGACAAUCACAUAGCAGCACGCCGGAAGAUAUCGAUCGUGAAAGAAACACCGCACGUCAAGUCGCCUAGUCCACCGGCUACGAAGCCCACCAACAUACUUUUGAUCAAAAACUUGGUUCGUCCUUUUACUUUGAAUCAAAUUAAGGAGCUUCUGUCGCGUACUGGCACAAUUGUCGAAAAUGGAUUUUGGAUGGACAGAAUUAAGUCUAAAUGCUUUGUAGAGUAUGCAAACGAAGACCAGGCAUUUGAGACAAGACAAGCUUUGCACGGGAUAUCCUGGCCAGUUUCAAAUCCGAAGAGGCUUCACGUCGAGUAUGCGACCAAAGACGACAUGGAAUUGGCGCGAGAAAUAUCGAAGGAUCAAUCCAUUCCAAGAAAAACAGAACCACUUGUACCGUCCGAUUCGUGGCAGCAGGAUUGGAAUCGAGACGAGAAAACAAACACAAAGGUGAUGGUAGUUCGGGAAUGGGACCUGGGCAAAGAGGACGGUCAGCAGCACAUAAAGGACAAAGAGCGCGAAAAGAAGGAUCACGACAAAAAGAGGAGGCAGAGGAGUCGAAGUCCUGCGGGAGAAGCACACCUCCCAGCUCCAGCUCGUAAAUUUAAAAAAAAAGAAGACGAACCACCACCGGCUAAGCUUUUAGACGAUCUCUUUAGGAAGACGAAGGCCACUCCGUGCAUAUACUGGUUACCUCUUACAAACGAGCAGAUUGUCGUGAAGGAGGAAAUGAGAAGGCAGCAUAUGGCGGAACACGCGCGUAGAUUAGAAGAAAUGAGACGCGCGGAGAGAAACAAUAGGGACGGCCGUCGCCGUCGCAGCCCAAGAAAAUAAUUCUCUGAUCGUCCAUUUGUCGAUAAACGUACCUUUCCUCUUCUGUAAUGCAAAACCACCGAUUGUCAUGAGUUCCCCAUUUUUAAGACGGUUUUCAGAUCUUAGAAAAACGAAAACAAGAUUAUCCCCUUUCUUUCAUUCUUCUUAGAGUCGACGAAACUUUUCUUUCAAACCGGUUCUUAAAACAUUGAUUUCCCCGUUAUCGAUUUAACACUCAAUUCCAAUUCGCAGCCAGUUUCACCAAUUAACGUUGUAGUAUGUGUGCGUUCGAGUUUGUUAAGUUCUUUAAGAAUUGCAAACCGCCCUGGACUUUGGUGCCGCCGUAAGACGGUGCCAGUACGUCCGUUUUUUCAUUUCUUUUCUAGCUCGAUUCCGCGAACUAGUCUUUUCUCAUCCCUUGUAAUUCGUGUUUAUAUUUCGUUCGUUGACAAACUGUGUAUAGAUCUUUUGCAUGAAUCCAGUCGUCCUGCCUCCAGAUCUCCUUGCUCUCCCCUGGAAUUUCAGCAUUAAACUGUACUUCUUACAGGUCGACAUUAACUAUUCAACAGAGUGCUGUAACUAUAGAACACACACACACAAUAGUGUCCCCGCAUCGUCUAGGAGAGACGUGAGCAUCGUAUUCUACGAUACAUGGUAACGCGACGUCGCAAUCCGCGCGCAACACCCUGGGAAUCGAAGAGCAAUUGAACGGAAAAAAAAAGAACAAAAAAAACUGUCCACGUUAGUAGUGAACGCCACGAGACGAACUUAGUAUUCGUGAUCAUUGAAAAUACUGUCUUAAGACAAAGGAGCAGAAAAAAAAAAGAAAAAGAAACGAUAAACAUCGAAGAGAGAUCGGGGCUAGUUGUUGGAAUCAACAACGAAUGCCAGUCCAAGAUAGCGAUACUUUGUGGUUCAUCGAGUGACAUGAUGACAUCCAUCCUCAGUGUCGAACGGGAGAAUUGCCCCUCUCCACGGAUUUAUAUUCUUUCUCUCCCUCUGUUUGUAGCGUAGCCUGACUUCCUUAAGUUUGACAUAUACUACCACAAAUUUGGUAGUAGAAUGUAAAGUUUUGGUGUUUCUCGGUUCCGCGGCGCGCAGUGACACUCGCACAGCCGGAAACACGUUUGUACAUAAAACGUAUAAUUCGAUAUUCCGCGAGGUGACAUGUAAAAUUAUCAAUAAAUGUGAAACACUCUAGGAUAUACUACGAAAGUACAUUUGCCGCUUACUUUUUACGAUAUCGCACUCUCGGACAUUAGAAAUUUGUUAAUAAUCCGCGAAUAAGAUCGGAAGGAACGAGGUUUGUGAAA